AUGGAAUCUCAGUACUUUGAAAAUUAUUCAAGUUCCCGACCAACUCUAAAUUUUUCCAGGCCAACAGAAAUUGCAAACCAAUUCAACCCACUAAACAUUCAAAUGCAACCUCUUUAUCACUUUGAUCCAACAACAGGAACAUAUAUUUCUGUUAACCCACAACAUACACUUGGAUUCUCCUUUGAAAAUAUUUUAAACUCUCCAAUUGAUAAUUCUGAAGGUGAAGUUGCGGCGAGGGAGUGGCAAAAAAAGGCUAAAAAUACGAAAAAUUCUAACAGCUCCCAAGCUUCACUUGCAAAAAAGGAUUGGACCAGCGAGGAAGAAAUUGCUUUAACAAAAGCAUGGUUAUAUAUUUCUGAGGAUGCUGAUAUUGGUACCAAUCAAAAGGGAGCAGCUAUGUGGGAUCGUAUUUUGGAGAGAGAGAGCAUGGGUGCUGAAUGCAAUUUUUCUAGGAAUAACAAUAGCCUACAACUCAAAUGGUCCAAGAUACAAGUUGCAGUAAGCAUAUUUCAUUCUUUGUAUGAGCGUUUAGAAAGACAUCCACAAAGCGGUACAAACUCGGAAGAUUUGUCUGCAACCUCAACGAAACAAGGGGUUGAGCACAAGAUGAGUACAAUGACAGGUGAAGUUAUGGAAACCAAUGGGGAUGGUGAUGGUGAUGUACCUGUAUGUACCAAUAUUGAUGGUAUUGUGCGGCCAGAAGGAAGGAAAAAAUGCAAAGAAAAAAAAAAAGAAAGCCAAAUGAGGAAAAGAGUGUUGUGGAUGCUUUAA